AUGUUGUACAAGACUAUCAUCUCCACUGCCUUGUUGGCACAAGCACUCGCUGCCCCAGCAGUCAAGCACCAACACAAUCAAGAAAAGCGUGCAGUCCACAUUGUCACCAAAACAAAUGUUGUUGUCAUUACCGUUGGUGCCGGUGACUCCACCACCACCCUCUCCCAAGUCGACUUGAGCGCAAACACCGACGUUUCUGUUGGUGGCCCACAAACUGAAGCACCCCAAAUUGUCCCAAGCAGCGUUGCCGAAGUCUCCACUGAAACCCCUUCAUCCACCUCUGUCGCUGCCUCAGCCUCUUCGUCAAGCUCAUCAUCAUCUUCAUCAUCAUCUUCAAGCACUGAGUCAUCAACUGUUGGUGCUGGUGGUGCCAAGGGUGUCACCUACUCACCAUACUCUGACGAUGGUGGAUGUAAGACUUCAUCCCAAAUUGCUUCUGAAGUUGCUGAAUUGUCCGGCUUUGACAUUAUCAGAUUGUACGGUGUCGACUGUGACCAAGUUGCCCAAGUCUUGCAAGCUAAAACAUCCUCCCAAAAGAUCUUUGCCGGUAUCUAUGACGUUUCCCAAAUCUCAGAAGGCGUCUCUGCCAUCUCAUCCGCUGUCUCAUCUUACGGCUCAUGGGACGACAUCCACACCGUCUCUGUCGGUAACGAGCUCGUUAACGCUGGUACAUGCACCCCAUCCCAAAUCAAGUCCUACAUUGCAUCCGCUAGAUCCAGCCUCACCUCUGCCGGCUACUCUGGACCAGUCGUCUCCGUCGACACCUUUAUCGCCGUGAUCAACAACCCAUCCUUGUGUGAAUACUCUGACUACAUUGCCGUCAAUGCCCACGCCUUCUUUGACGGUUACUACACCGCUGACCAAGCAGGUGCUUGGGUCUUGUCCCAAAUCCAAAGAGUCUGGACCGCUUGUGGUGGUGAAAAGAAUGUCUUGAUCACCGAAACCGGUUGGCCAUCAAAGGGUGACUCCAACGGAGUUGCCGUCCCAUCAAAGGAAAACCAAGAAGCUGCCAUUAGCUCAAUCAAGUCAUCUUGUGGAUCCUCAGCUAUCUUGUUCACCGCCUUUAACGACUUGUGGAAGGCUGAUGGACCUUACAAUGCUGAAAAGUACUGGGGUUUCCUUUCUAACUAA